CGGGUUUGUUUUGGCUCGAUAGUUUUUUAACUUGUUGGAGGAGAAGGAUGUCGAGCUCGACGUCGGCCCCAGCCAGGAGCUGUCAAUGCCCUUGCAGCUAUGCGGCGGUUGUGAAUCCAGCGGGGCUGUGCCGGAGGGGGGGGAUUUGGGUUCUGGUGCAGCUACUCACCUACAGCGGAGCGAGAGCCGUGGUCAAUAUGACGACAAAGAAGAUGAGGCAUCACAACCGACGACGACUUCGCCGUUGAGGCAAAGAGACAGGUCUGUGCUGUCUAUACCUGGGGUCCGGCAAGCCCCUCUAGUUCGAGAGGAGCUCGCUGCACCUGCCCAAAAGGCGGCAGUUCACUCGGAGGUCGGCCUGGAGAAUGGUGAGGGUCAUGGCGUGGAGGACGAAACUGUGGGCGGGGAGGGGAUGCAGGGCGCUCCGCAAAAGAGAAGGGGAGAUCGUCAAGACGACAUUGUCGGCGCUUCGAAGAAACAGAAGACCAAGGCCCCGAAGAGUGUGGGGGAGAAACGGAAGGGAACCGGGGGGGAGCAGGACCGCCCGGGUAGAUUGUUGGGCCACGAUGGAGCAAAGUGGAUCGUUAGGAAGAAGGUCAGAAACGUCAAGCCAGGGGUCGCCUACAUCGACAACGACAAGUUGGCCAGAAAGGAGCCGCCAAACAAGAAAGGCAAAAAUGAGAAAGAGGAGGGCGAUUGGUUCGUGCAAGUGCCUGAGUUGGGCACAUAUUGUUGGAAAGCGAUGAAAGCACUCACCGACAAUGAGAAGUGUCGCGUUCUAAAGAAGGUGCUUGCUUGCGAGGUGGUUUGGGUCCAGGCCGACUCCCCCUCCUUGGCGAAGCUGGGGAAGCUCAGCGUGCAGGAAAUGGUUCAGCUGGUGAAGUGCGACCUCGUUCAGGUGCGGUUGUGGAAUUACAACCAAUUCAAGCACGAGAAGAGGUCGAACGCGGAUUGGAUCCAAAAGUACUCUUUCCUGAAAACAAAGUCUGCUAUCUUCAAACAGUUCGAAAGUCGAGGAUUGGAUGGCGAUUUGUGGGACGGUAGCAGGAAAUUCGUUUCUGACGCAACACUGUUCAAGGACUGCCUGCCGUACAUGGGUUGUGACGAGGACCACUCAAUCGAGGCGACGAAAUCGUUGGUCGGCGACAGGAAGUUGACCGUCGACUGGAGAAACAAGGUUCUCUUCGUGUUGACUAGGAGUAGACUGAAGAGUCGGGAGAUCGUUCUUGCCGAAGGCAUUGUGCACAUAAAAUGGAAAGACACGGGAGACGUGACAUCCAUCGCACCGUUCGGCAACGACCCUUUAGAGGCAGACAUCAGGAGUGCAGAGCUGACGGAAACGGGUGCCGCUGCUGUGGUGCGGUUGCCUCAGAGGGUCACCCACACGGAUGUGUCGGAGAUUCCCUUCACGCCUUGCGACUGGUCGCAGACCACGCCUAAGCGACAGAGCAGUGUCUACGGGGACAUGGAACGUAAUCCGACACAAUUCGUCGGUCUACUUGAUUUCGUUAGCAAAAAGGGAGAGGGUGUCGUCUUCCUUGGGAAGCCGCACGUGCGAAGCGUGUGGGAACUUCUGAAGGCAGGUCGGCAUGUUGUCGCAAUGGAAAGGAACUCCGAGCUGUUGCAAUUCAUGAUGGAACUCGUCAAAAGCGAGGUCAAUUCGGGGGCCCACAAUUGCGAGUUCAUGGUCGUGAAGGCGACACGGGAUCUCGUGUGGAGCAACAAGACGGACAUGUGGUUCAAGUUGAGUGAGAGGAAGAGGAACAAAAUAUACGACUUCUUGUUCCUGCAAACAAGGCCGAGGAAGGACACUGGCGUCGAGUACAUCCACCUCAAGGACCACAUGUUCGCGUUGCUCGACAACUACCAUGGCGCCUCCCGCAUGAACGUGAAGAACUUCCUCGAAAAGCUACAGUCCCUGUACUUCGUCGAGUCCGAGGAGGACUUGAAGUUCGGCAGCUACGCUUCCUUGAUCUCCACUAACGACGAGGUAGCCACCGGUGUCGAGUUCGACACCAACGUGAAGGAGGAGGAGAGCGACACCGAGAGCCUCGACCUGCAGUGUGACCCAUCUCCGGCGGAGCAUGCCCGAGGGUCCUCGUCGGCCGGUCCGUCAACAAGCCCAACAUCCCUUAUGUCGUCGAUGGCCAAACCGGAGCCAGGCACUACCCCGAUGAAGUUGUUGGGGAGACUGAAAGCUCUGGCCGUGCCGAGCCAGGAUCCUACAAUUGGCAGCGUUGUGGUGAGAGACGAGAAUGUGUCGCCUGAGGGGGACCGACGGCCGUUGGGAUUGGGCCGAGAGGGUACAAGUGGAGGGCCCGACGAUACGGAGACAACGAAGUCCGCCGAGAUCCGAACUUCUUCAGGCGGGGGGGGUCAGCCAGUGAUUGUUGUACCGUCGGCGACAUCGGGAGGGGCAGCGGUCGUGGAGACAGAAGGGCAGUCAUCAGGAUUUGACACGGGUUCGGGAGAAGGUGCUGAAUUGCAUGGAAGGGAAAGAGGGGGGGAAAUGGAGGAAGGGAAGGAAGGGGAAGAAGGGGAGGAAGGGGAGAAAGGGGAAGACACGGAGCUGAUUGAAUUGCUUGAAGGAAAAAACGGUACGAAAGUGAACGUGGGUAUUAGAGACGACGAAGGGCAGGACAGUGAGGACGAUGCCGGAUCUUGAGAAUCGUCUGACGAGUUCGGACAACUGUACGGAGAGCACCGCGAGG